UCGCAGUUCAGACGGAUAAGCAAGGCCCUUGGGUUAUAGUUGGAGAUAAGAGCUUCUUUGUGAAUACAUAUUAUAAGGCUAAUUGGUACAAUGCAGCAAUGUACUGUGCAGCUAGCAACAUGGAAUUGGCCACUAUUUCGUCGAAAGAGGAGGACGACGCCCUUGUAGCAUACAUGAAACGAAAUGGCUAUGAAAAGGAGCCACUUUGGGUGUUUGGUACGGACUUAGGUCAUGAAAAACGCAACGAGGCACCGAAUGCAGCACAUUUCUCUUGGAUGUCAACCGGAAAACCACUCGGUUACAGUAACUGGUUACCAAAUGAACCUAAUCAUAGUGGAGCAAAGAUGGAACAUUGUCUGGAGAUAAAUUUUCUUCAAGGCAAAUGGAAUGACAAUGAAUGCAAUACGGGCUCUAGAUAUUUUGUAUGCCAAUUUCAAAAAUCUUGAACAAAUUAUGGUAUGAUGCACAUCAUACAAGAAAAUAUUACGAUGACCAAUCAAAUGAAUGUUUUGCAAUCAAAUGAUAUGUAAAUUUAAAAUGAGAAAUACAUUGCUUUGCUACAUUUUCUUCACUGAA